AUGACUGCCAAAGAAGGGACCGCUGGACGCGCCGAAGGGCCUCCUGCGGGCGGGGAUGAGGUGGUGGUUGCCGAAAAAUACGCAGACGAAACGCUGCGCAUCGUGGAGGAGCAUGGCGCGCGGGUUGGCCCGCUGACUCCAGACGCCGAAAAGGCGCUGCGUCGCAAGACGUACUGGCAUGUCUUGGGCGUGCUCUGGACUAUCAACUCUGUCUUGAUUGUGGACAAGUCGACGCUCGGCUACGCGGCCAUCCUGGGCCUCUUUGAAGAAACGGGCAUCAGCAAGGCUGAGUAUAACAACCUGGGCACUUUCUUUUACGUCGGCUACCUCGCGGCGCAGUGGCCCGGCCACUACGCCAUGCAGCGGCUCCCGCUGGGCAAGUUCGUGGCCGGCCUCGUCUUUACAUGGGGCGCCACGGUCCUGCUGCACUGCGCCACCACUGGGUACGCGGGGCUCGCGGUGCUGCGCGUCGUGCUUGGCGCGAGCGAGUCCGUCGUCGUGCCGGCCAUGGAGAUGACGAUUGGCAUGUUCUUCAACCGCAGAGAGCAGUCGUUUCUACAGCCCUUGUUUUGGGUCACCGCUGCCGCCGGUCCCGUGUGCGCCGCCUUCAUCUCGUACGGGCUGCUAUGGAGCCGAAGCAGAGAGGUCCUCCCCUGGAAGCUCAUCAUGAUCGUGACAGGUGGCGUCUCGGUGUUGCUGUCCGUCGUGGUGUGGUUCCGCUACCCCGACAACCCCGGCACCGCCCGGUUCCUCACUCUCGACGAAAAGGUGCACACGAUCCGCCGUGUUCAGGAGUCCAGCCAGAGCUCCAUCGAGCAGAAGCAAUUCAAGGUCGCGCAGUUUCGCGAGACGCUGCGUGAUCCCGUUUCAUGGCUAUUUUGCCUGCAGUCCUUCACCUCCAUGAUAUCCAACAAUCUCACGUUAGGGCAGCAGAACCUCAUCACCAAGGCGCUGGGCAUCACAAGCCUGGGCUCGACGCUCGUGGCCGCCGCGGGAAGCAGCUUCGGCGUAGGCACAUAUCUCGUUGGUGCCAUUGCCCUCUACCGGUGGCCCUCAAAUCUCGCGCUCCACAGCUUCGUCUGGAGCAUUCCGUCCAUCGCAGGGGGCAUCGGCAUGGUCGCCAUCAGCUGGAACCACCAGCUUGCCUUGUUGGCAUGUCUGCUCUUGGCGGGACACGCCAACGGCAACACGUACAGCAUCGCCUUGGGGUGGACCACGUCCUCUGCCGCCGGCUACACCAAGAAGCUGACGCGAAACAUGAUGUUCAUGCUCGGGUACAGCGUUGGGAACCUUGUCGCGCCUCAGCUAUGGGUUCCGCGGGACGCACCCCGGUACUACGGAGCUUGGAUUGCGCAGAUUGUUGUCAGCUGGAUCGGCACGCCGUUGGUGCUCUUCGUGAUCCAUAUCAUCUUGAAGAGGAGGAACGCCGCGCGAAGGGCGUGGGCCGCGGGCCUGACCGAGGCGGAGCGACGCAAGCACGAGUUUGGCGAGGUCGAACACGUCGACGAAGCGGGCGUCGUGGUGCGCAGCGAGGUCCGCAUCGCGAUGCUGGACCUGACCGACAUGGAGAAUCCCUUUUUCAUCUAUCCGAUUUAG